AUGUAUCUGGAUGGCAGACUUCAGCCUCAGGACCUUCAGUAUGACAAAUAUAGAAUUAUUAAAUGUAUGGGUGAAACAGGUUUACUAGUGGUCAAGAUCACUCAGAAGACUCCCUUCCAUGGCUAUGUGGGAGACCCUCAGAAUACAAAGAAGAAGAUUCUCCAGGAUGUCCCAGAGAAAGGAGAUAGCUACUUCAAUAGCAGUGACCUCUUGAUCAAUAAAAGUGAACAAAUGGUGGUAAUAACUUCUUUUUCACUGUACUGUAGAUGGAAAGGGGAGAAUGUGGCUACUACAGAACUUGAGACAACCCUUGCCAUGCUGGAAUUUAUUCAAGAAGUCAAUGUAUAUGGAGUACCUGUGCCAGGGCAUGAAGGAAAGAUUGGCAUGGCAGCCAUACAACUAAAGGAGGGGGAGUCCUUUGAUGGAAAGCAAUUGUAUGCACACACCAAGAAUUACCUGCCAAACUAUGCAAUACCCCACUUUGUCCGCAUCCGGGAGGCCCUAGAGAUCACGGGGACUUUCAAGCAGUGCAAAAAUCAGCUGGUGAGGAAAGAGUUUGACCCUAUCACCAUCAGAGAACCCCCCUUUUUCCUGGACAACUCAGAAAAGAGUUACGUGCCACUGACUCUGGAGAUCUACCGUUCCAUCACAGAGAAGAAGCGGAAGUUCUGAAAAGGACUUCAAAGAUAUCAUGCCAUCAUCCCUUGGUGGCAUAGCAACCCAGGAACAUUACAGCUUGGUGCUUCUCAACUUUACCUAAGAAUGGAACAGUAACCUCAGAUGAUGGUGGUGGUGGUGAUUUUAAUUUGCCAGCCUGGGAUAUCUAUCUUGCAUACCACGUUUGGGGACCUUUAGAAACAUUCAUUUAAUUUUACUUCUUUUGCUUUCCCCUAUAAAAAGCCCUUCUGUGCCCACAUGA